AUGCCUCAAGCUCAGCCGGAAUUGAAGAAGGUGUGUGAUCAUUCCGUCGCUCUCUGCUUACCACACGUCUUUCCCCCACUCACAAUUACCGCGCAGUAUAUGGAGAAGCGGGUCUUCUGCCAGUUGAACGGCAACCGCAAAGUUAUUGGUAUCCUUCGAGGCUACGAUGUGUUCAUGAACAUUGUCCUCGAUGAAGCUUUUGAAGAGAAGGCCGGCGGUGAGAAGGUCGCCAUUGGAAUGAUUGUCAUCCGCGGUAACUCGGUCGUCAUGAUUGAGGCCCUUGAACGGAUUAACGACAAAUAA